CCGGGCCGCGGCGCUCCCCGGCCGGCGACGGAGGAAGUUUCCGUUUCGCUCUCCACCCCGGUAGCAGCUUCUCCGCGGGGACAGCCUCCUCCGGACUCGCUGUGGGCCUGGCCGGACCAUGGGGCUGCCCAAGGGGCCAGAAGGCCAAGGUCUCCCAGAGGUGGAAACGAGAGAAGAUGAAGAGCAAAAUGUCAAGUUGGCUGAAAUUCUGGAGCUUUUAGUGGCAGCUGGAUAUUUCAGGGCAAGAAUUAAAGGCUUAUCACCUUUUGAUAAGGUGGUAGGAGGAAUGACUUGGUGUAUUACCACCUGCAACUUUGAUGUAGACGUUGAUUUGCUCUUUCAAGAAAACUCUACAAUAGGUCAAAAAAUCGCUCUAUCAGAAAAAAUUGUCUCAGUCCUGCCGAGAAUGAAAUGUCCUCACCAGCUGGAGCCCCACCAGAUCCAGGGGAUGGAUUUUAUCCACAUAUUUCCUGUGGUGCAGUGGCUGGUGAAACGAGCCAUAGAAACAAAAGAAGAAAUGGGCGACUAUAUCCGCUCCUACUCCAUAUCCCAGUUCCAGAAAGCCUACAGCCUUCCCGAGGACGAUGAGUUCAUCAAGAGAAAAGAAAAGGCCAUCAAGACCGUUGCCGACCUUGCUGAUGUUUACAAGCCCCGACGGAAAUACAAACGCCAACAGGGAGCAGAGGAGCUGCUGGAUGAAGAAUCUCGAAUCCAUGCUACACUCUUGGAAUAUGGAAGGAGAUACGGAUUUAGCCGCCAAAGCAAAGCAGGGAAGGCUGAGGACAAGAAAACUACACUUCCUGCAGGUCUGUCAGCUGCAGAGAAAGCGGAUGCCCAUGAGGAAGAAGAGCUUCAAGCAGCUGAAGAGCAGCGUAUCCAGUCACUGAUGACCACGAUGACCGCCAUGGCAAACGAGGAGAGCCGUCUGACUGCCAGCUCCGUGGGCCAGAUUGUGGGCCUCUGCUCUGCCGAGAUCAAGCAGAUUGUGUCCGAGUAUGCAGAGAAGCAGUCUGAGCUGUCAGCGGAGGAAAGUCCUGAAACGUUAGGAACAUCCCAGCUACAUCAUCGAAAAGUUAUCUCCUUGAACAAGCAGAUUCUGCAGAAGACCAAACAUCUGGAAGAGCUGCGAGCAAAUCAUACCAACCUGCAGUCCAGAUACAGUGACACAAAGAAGACGCUGACAGAGCUGAAAACCUACGGGGAAAAACUAGACCAAGAGCAAGCCGACCUGGAGAAGGUAGAAUCCAAAGCUGACCCAAGUAUCCUGCAGAACUUGAGAGUACUCGUGGCCAUGAAUGAAAACUUGAAAAGUCAGGAGCAGGAGUUUAAGGCACAUUGUCGAGAGGAGAUGACACGGCUCCAGCAAGAAAUUGAAAACCUGAAAGCUGAGAGAGCACCUGAUGAGAAGACCCUGUCCAGUGGAGAGCCACCUGGUGCCCCAAACCUCGCAAGGACCCACAAUGAGGAUCUAGACAGGCAGUACAAUAUGGAGAAAGAGAAGCUCUACAAGAUCCGAUUAUUACAGGCUCGAAGAAAUCGAGAAAUUGCAAUAUUGCAUCGGAAGAUUGACGAAGUGCCCAGCCGAGCUGAGCUAAUACAGUAUCAGAAGAGAUUCAUUGAACUCUACCGCCAGAUCUCAGCAGUGCACAAAGAAACCAAGCAGUUCUUCACUUUGUAUAAUACCCUGGAUGACAAAAAAGUCUAUUUGGAAAAAGAGAUUAGCCUGCUGAACUCAAUUCAUGAGAACUUCUCACAAGCCAUGGCCUCAACUGCUGCCCGGGACCAGUUUUUACGUCAGAUGGAGCAGAUCGUAGAAGGAAUCAAGCAAAGCAGAAUGAAGAUGGAAAAGAAGAAACAAGAGAACAAAAUGCGAAGAGACCAGUUGAACGACCAGUACUUAGAACUGUUGGAGAAACAGAGGCUCUACUUUAAGACUGUGAAAGAGUUCAAGGAGGAGGGAAGAAAGAAUGAAGUGUUGCUUUCCAAGGUGAGAGCCAAGGCCUCCUGAAUAUCCCUAGCCAUCACCAUAUGUCAUUGGAUUUUUUUUCCUUUAACGCCGAACGCCAACUACAGGAUCAUGGAAUGGUUCAGAAUGAAACAACAGAGAGAUGCAGGUAUAACAGUUUCAACUCCCUGGAUGUUUUCUUUCUCUGUUUGCUUCCAUCUGUGUGGGUUGUUGCUGGAAUCAAAUAGUGUAAAUACUGUGGUUGGAAUAACACCCAUCAACUUACGAAGAAAUAUGGACAGUACUUGCUCUCCGUGUUGAUUCAGCUUUUACUCUGCAGUAACAUUGCACUCACGAAGGCACCUGAAUGUGUAUGGACUCUUUGAAUAAAGAAGAAUUCUUUUAACUGAACAGCCACCAAGGGCGUCUCGGAGCAGUGUAAGACACACAGUCCCUUCCCUUCAGGCAUCCGCCUAGUAGCCAGAGAACAGAUGUAGCUCACUUGGCCCAGAGCUUGAGACCUUUUUUUUUUUUCACUGAAUAGAAAGUUGUUUGCAAAUGAUCAGCCCUUGUAAAUGCUGGUCACUUAGACUCUUCACCUGCCCGUGGUGCCUUUUGUUCCUGACUCAGCAAGGUGCCAGCCAGGUGACUGGCAUGAAAGCUUUGAUUUCAUCUUCAUAUACUACACAAGUUGAUUGCACCAGAAAAAUUGAAACUGGGCCCAGUACUGAGACUGCUUCAGUAAAAACUACACCUCCCCUGCCCAAAUUGUCACUGAAUCGGAGCGCACGUACAGAUAAGCCUGCACAGCCCCCUCACUGAAGACCCAGUCCAGGUACACUGAGCCAGGCAGAGCAGCUCACCGUGAAAGUGGAAGAGACAUGGACUCCAUGGCAGCCAGAGUGGGCAGAAGGAAAAACAAUGAGCAGGUGCUAUGGAUCAGGAGAAGGGAGCCGUGGGGCUUGUAGAGACCCAGAAAACUUCAUAGACGAGGCAACAUUUGAGCUAGGCCUGAAGGAGAUGGGGAAAAAAAUAGAUAGGAAAGCUAGAUAAAGGUGCACUGAGACUAAAAUUCAGAGACCAAGCUGGAAAGGUAGGCCGGGACCAGACGCCGGAGGCCUCACGGGAUAGCUGAGAGGUGAACUCUCUCCCCUAGAAAUGAGCCCAAAGCAGGUACAGGCAGCUCCUCUCCUGGCCCCCGGAGUCUGGCAGCUCAGUCACACUCGGUGAAGCCAGCAGGAGGCUCAGGCUGUGGCAUACACAGCACAAGGCAGGCUGGGACCGUAAGAUACGGAGGCUCAAGUGUGUUGGGUGAGUAGGCAUUCUAAAGAGUCACAGAAUUGUUGUGCUCACCUACAUUUCCCUGAUAAAUGUGAUGUGGUGGGACUGUCAUAGACAGACUUCCGAACCCUCCUAUGCUGGGUUAACAAGCAGCACUCAGCCCUGUGCCCGGCCUGCUGGACAGGGCAGCAGUGUCUGAAGGAGCGCUCCUGUGCACAGAGCAGCAUGGCGCAAAGCCCUGUGGGAUGUUGUCUACGCUUGAGUAUUGCUGGGGGAGCUACCUUGUCAGAUGCAUCUUGAGGAGCCCCACGCCAUGGUGGUCUUUUCCCCACGUCCAGCACAUUCUUUCACACCACACGUGGUGAUCGGCUGAAAACAAGACAUAAAGAGCAGUGAUCCAGCAGCCUUCCUCUGCCGGCAGUAAGCGUUGUACCUGGGAUACCACCAGGGACUCAUUCCAUUCCUGACCUGCAGCAUGGCAGCUGGGAAACACGCUGGUUCUCCUUGGCAGCUUUCAGUCAAUGCCGGAGAUGUACAAAGCUCACACUCCUCACACCAUGCCCUGGGCUUCCCUGUGGCCAGAGCACAGGCCACAGCCUCUAGGUCAUGGCUUGCCCCAGCUUCCCAUGCCUCCAGCCCUGUUCACACUCUGCGCUUGCCCUGCUGUCUAUCCCCUGCACGCACUCUUGCCCUAGGGAAAGUAAGGGCCAACAGCAGCAGGAGCCUUCCCCAUCUAGCCAUGGCAUCCUUAGCACCCUCCCCCAGAUUGCCACUUUACGUCCCUAUAUUAGCACAGUUUGUACUUCUUCUUUUCUGUAACUCAGGCUGAGUCUGAGAGCAGGGAGCUGGUUCUGUCCAGUAGCGUCGGGAGCUGUCACAGUGACUCUCUAGACAGAAAGGUUAAGAUGGGGAAAGGUGUUGUGGGUUUCAAACCUUUCAAAGGAAUUACUGAGAUGAUUUUUCUUCCUGUGUGGAGGUGAGGAAAGGAGAGUGAGAGAGCAUAUGAACAUCAGAGAUAAGAUCAUGAAUAUGUUUGGGCUCAAAAUGUGUCAUGAACAUAAC